UGCCUGUACUAAAUUCGCAGCAACAUGUCAGGAACAGCUUUAAUGACCACUCAUGUCGUUCAUCUAUAGCUUUGAGAAUUAUGAACUGAAUGAAACCAUCCACAACAACUACACAACCUACAUUCCGGAUCCAGAGAAGAUAUCAUGUGGGACAGAACCUCUGACUUCUACAGCAGCUCUGACCCUGUGUCUCAUCCUCAUUGCCAUCUUUUUCCUGGCAAUACCUGGGAACCUGUUAGUGGGGUGGGUGAUCGGCACCAGCAGACAGACGCUGACUCCGUCGGAUGUGUACCUGUUUCACUUGACAAUAGCGGAUGGUCUGAUGGCCCUAACCCUCCCAUUCUGGGCAGCUGCAGCUAUCCAAGGAUGGAUCUUUGGAGACUUAAUGUGCAAGCUCCUCAGCCUCAUCAAAGAAGUAAACUUCUACACCAGCAUCCUCUUUCUGGCCUGCAUUAGCAUCGACCGCUAUCUUGUGAUAGUGCACGCCAGCGAGAGUCUCCAGAGUCGUCAGAGGACAUGCAGCCGGAUCCUGUGUGGAGCAGUUUGGGCCCUUGGUGGGGCCCUCGCUCUGCCUGCGCUUUUCAGUGAUGCCUCCGAGCUACCUAACUCAGAGGGGAUGAUGUGCCAAGAAUCCUUUCACAUCGGCAGCGCCUCCUUAUGGAGGAGUUUCACUCGCGGGUUUCGCCAUAUUUUUGGCUUCUUGCUCCCUCUGGGUGCCAUGAUAGCCUGCUACAGCGUCACCAUCGCGAGGCUGCUGCGCACUCGAGGUUUCCAGAAGCACAGGGCCAUGAAGGUGAUCAUAGCCGUGGUGAUUGCGUUUCUUCUGUGCUGGACGCCAUACCACAUAGUCCUGAUAGUGGAAACACUCCUGAGGGCUAAGCUGAUAAAUUAUGACUGUGCUUUGAGGAAAUCCGUGGACAGGGCUUUGUAUAUAAGUCAAAACCUGGCUCUGUCCCACAGCUGCAUCAACCCUUUCCUCUAUGCCUUCGUAGGAGUGAAGUUCAGGGACAAAAUGACGCGACUUCUUCAGCGGAAAGCCAGACAGGAGUGGAUGUCAGGGUCAAAGUUCAGCAGGUCGACAUCUCAGACCUCAGAAAACAACGGAGCUGUUCUUUGAAAUCGAUCAAUGUAGACUAACAUUUAAAAAAGAUAUAUGUUUAUGAUUGUGUAUUUUCCCUUUUUUGUCUUUAAGCCAGAAAAUUAUUUCCAUCUGCAAUUUGGAAAAUCUUUGAUUGGAAGAGUAGCCUGAACAGUAUUUAGUAUUUUCAUGCAGUCUCUAAUUUGGAUUUGUGGUACAUUGCUGCCAUCUAUUGGAUUUACUGUUCUCUACAUCAACUAUGAAGCCUCUGAUUUGAUCAAAUCUAUUUUCAUUUUUCUCAUUAUUUCCGUUUUCCUUGCUCAGGAGUAGACCAGCAUUAUAAUUCUGUAAAUGUUUUUUAGUGUUUUUAAUCUUGGAGUGCAUGUAUUUGAAAUAGGUCUAUACAAUAGGUACCCCCAAUUCAACCCUUCACUCUGACACUGCUUUUAUAAUCCAUCUGAUGUUUCCGUUUAUUUAUAGCCUAUGCUGUAUAUGCUAAAAAUGUUUUAGAAACUGUAAAUUUGCUGUCUUCAUGUUUCAAUGUUUUCAGGUUCCAACAAGUUCAUCAUCAGGCUAUGCAAUCUUUCCUGCACUGACUGAUUUAAUCUUGUAGACUUGUGGUUAGUUAAUAUUCACACAGGGUAUUUUCUGACAAAUAAAAUAAUGAACAACUCA